AUGAGCGAGUUUUACAACGUUGUCCGCAAGCUUGAUGCGUGGAAGGAGGAUGCGCAUUGGCUACCGUCGACUAAAUGGGACGCAAUGACGGUCAAUCCUGAGCUUUUCGACGUGGAAACGGACUCGGACGAGCUCACAGAUGACACCACAGGGGCCAAGCACGUGGCCCUGGCAAACGAAGUGCUGGAGCAGCUUGAAGGAGCUUCUCUGAGCUCCACAUUUCGAUUGGCAAGCGGCGCAGGCACUGUAAAGCUGGACAGAUUGGCUGGGAUACUUGCUCGCAAGGAGAUGCUGUCUGAUACGAUCAUUGAUUUCGCUGUCAGAUGUAUCUGUGACGCGCUCGGAGAUUGCUACGCGUUGGAUACGUAUGCAGCUACGUUUUGCUGUCCUGACCCGCCCCAGACCCGCAUUUCGAGCAUGCAUUUUGUUGUUUUGCCAGUUAAUCUGAGCAACAUACACUGGGGUGUCAUCAUUGUCAGUAUCACGUACCAGGCUGAACCACCGUCAAUCACACCCUACUUCUACGAGCCGCUGUGUGAUCCGCAAUAUCGAGCGACUAUCGAAGAUACCUACGAAGAGACGGUAGCGCCAUUUCUGCUGGGCUGGCACGAGAAGACAAUGAUUGGAGUGGAUUAUCCUGUUGUGGAGAAUGGUGUGUGGCUGGAUGCGCCUAGACAGCCCGAUGGAACGUCGUGCGGUGUUAUGGUGAUAGCCCAGGUGUAUUGCAUGCUGAAGGAUAACUUCCGAUUUACCGAGGCCACAGUUUCAGCCGAUGACGUUGCCGUCAUGCGACUACGUAUUAUGUGGAUGAUACUUAUGCAACCUGAAGUGAGUACAAUAGCGAACCAAGUAGCCAAGACCGUAGAUGUAACCGACCUCGAGUUGAUGGCAAUCGUAAAGACUUGA